AUGGAGUCCGUGGCCCAAAUCCAGCCCGCUCCCCAGAUGGAAGAGACCGACCAGUCAGCGGAGAUGAAGACCGCCGCCAUCAGGGCGGCCGAGCAGAGCCUGACUGCUGCCAUGGCCUCAAGACAGGCGGCCCAGAUGAUGAUGCAUGCCUCCGACGAGGCCAUCAUAAUCGCCAGAGCCCAACUUCAUCAAGCACAGGAGAAUUAUCAGCAGGGACUUCCGAAGUACGAGGAGUAUGAGCAGUAUGAGGAGGAGCUCUAA